CAUCAACCGGCGUGGACAGUGCGGAUCGGGAGUCUCAUCCUACGGAGCGCUCGGAAAACCACAAUCAAAGAUGGAUUCUGAAGGUGAGGAGCAAACCCUGACAACAUGUAACGGUAGCACGGGGGUCGCCGACUGCAUCGCCGACACUCACAGCCCAUAUGGGUCCGCGGCGAGGAAGAGGAGCGCUCAGGAAGGGGUGCAGGGCGCCCCCGUCAACAAGAGAAAGUCCCUGCUGAUGAAGCCCCGCCACUACAGCCCCAGCGAGGCAUGUGAAGAGGAGAGCGAGGACCUGGCACCGCCACAGGACAAAGACGAGCCGAGGAACAUUGACACUCCAGCAGAUGGGAACUUAUGCGCAAUCAACGGAGGCGCCUACAAAAAUGGCUGCCGCGACGCGGCCGCAAAGUCCGGCGAUUCUCUCGGAUGGUCAGAAUCCGACGGCUCUCCCCGGUGCGAGCCGGACGCACCUGAGCCUCCGAUGGAUGAAGAUGACGACGAGGAGGAGGAGCUCCUUAACGACGAAAGAGAAGACCAAAGUCGAGACAGGAUGAGCGGCGCGUCGUCGCCACAGAGUCCGUACGAAGACCUGAGGGAGGCCGCGUGGGAGCCUCUGGCUCUGGCCGCCAACCUGAACGGCUCCCACCGAAGCCCCUCCAUGGCCUCCGAAGACCUCUCGGGCAGGAACGGCCACGUGAAGGAGGAGCCUCACUCGGAGUCGGGUGGUCCGAUGGGUCGGGCGAGCAUCCUUCAGGCCGAGGCUCUGAGGUACAGGCCGCUCCCCGCGGAGGAGGACAGCGAGGGGGAGGCGGAGAGGCCGCCGCAGCUGGACGGCUGGGCCCUGGGCUUCCACGAAAGAGGGCUGGACAUGGGCCGAGGGAGGGUGAACUUCAGCCUGUUGGAGCAGGCCAUAGCUCUGCAGACGGAGCAGAGACAGGUCCUGCACCACGCCUACAGGGAGAUGGACCGGUUCCUCAUGGAGCAGAUGACCAACGAGAGGAGGCAGCAUAGGAUGAUGGACAUGGACAGCAGACUCAACUAUCAUGGAGGAAAAGAUUCUCCACGCACAGAUAAAAAGGACAUUAAGUGUCCGACUCCCGGCUGCGACGGCACCGGUCAUGUGACCGGCCUGUACCCGCACCACAGGAGUUUGUCUGGGUGUCCUCACAAAGUCAGAGUUCCUCCAGAGAUCCUGGCCAUGCAUGAGAACGUCCUCAAGUGCCCGACACCCGGAUGCACAGGAAGAGGCCAUGUCAACAGCAACCGUAGCACCCACCGGAGUCUCUCAGGCUGCCCCAUCGCCGCCGCCGUGAAAGUCUCCAAACCUCAGGACGAGAGCCUGAAAUGCAGACAGACACCUGACCGCUCACCGAGAGCCAUCGGCUUGAUAAAGAACUUCGAGAUGAACCAGUUGAACUACCGGCUCUCUCAUCCAGUAGCGGCCUUGAAAACGAGCCUCACAAAAGACAUGGACAAGUACAGCAGAAUCCGCUUUGAUUACGCCAGCUUUGAUGCACAGGUCUUCGGCAAACAGCCUCUGAUGGGGACCAACCAGGACCAGGAAAUGCCGCAUUUCCCCGACUCACCUCAGCAGUAUCAUGCCUUCCUCGGCGCUCCAGGUGGCGGCUUGCCCACCUCCGGUCGGCACAGCCCGCCGAGUCAAUUCGGAAAAGAAGACGGCCUCCAGGCCGCGGCGGCGACGGCCGCCAUCCUUAACCUCUCCACUCGCUACCGGAAGAACAUGGAGGCCGUCGCCGGGCGGCCCUUGGCAACCGCCACAAAGGACAUGCUCAUCGAGGUGGAUGAAAACGGCACCCUGGACUUGAGCAUGAAGAAGUGCAAGGACAACGCGAGCAGCGCCCCGACCAGGACGCCUCUGGACGACCCGCUGGCGCUCUGCGAGGCCGCCGUGGCCAAAGGCGGCAGCGUGCUCAUCAGCCCCGCCUUCUACCAGCCGCUGUGCGAGCGGGACAGCUGGGACGGCCCCAUCCCCGUCAACUUCAGCAAAGCUCACAUGUUACAGGACGCAGAGGAGGAUUACGACCACAUGUCCGUCUUGGAGGACCAACAGUACCAAGUGGACGGCGGCAUGAUGAGCCCCAAAGCCAAGCAGCUAUUGCGAGACGCAAAGAAAGAGCUCCUGAGCUGUCCGACCCCGGGCUGUGACGGCAGCGGCCACGUGACGGGGAAUUAUGCAUCUCAUCGGAGUGUGUCUGGAUGUCCCCUGGCUGACAAAACACUCAAAUCACUGAUGGCAGCCAACUCUCAGGAACUAAAGUGCCCAACACCUGGUUGCGAUGGAUCCGGACACGUGACCGGGAACUAUGCUUCGCACAGAAGCUUGUCAGGAUGUCCACGUGCCAGAAAGGGAGGUUUGAAGCUCACACCAAACAAGGAUGACAAAGAUGAGCAAGAGCUUAAGUGUCCAGUAAUGGGAUGUGACGGACAGGGCCAUAUAUCAGGAAAAUACACAUCCCAUCGCAGCGCGGGCAGUUGUCCGCUCGCUGCCAAAAGACAGAAGGAGUCGUCCAUCAACGGGCUGCCCUUUGCCUGGAAGGCCAAUAAACAGGAACUGCCCCAUUGUCCCCUGCCCGGCUGCAAUGGCCUUGGACAUGCCAAUAAUGUGUUUGCCACUCACAGAAGCUUGUCGGGUUGCCCGCUGAACGCACAGAGUAUCAAGAAAAAGCCCUCGGAGGAAGAGAUGAUGACCAUCAAACUGAAAACCAGUAGUGGUGUCGAAAACAAAGAAGACGUUCAACAUUUGGAUCACGAAAUCAAGGAACUGAAUGAAUCCAACAUGAAAAUAGAAGCCGAUAUGAUGCAACUUCAAACGCAGAUAUCGUCGAUGGAAUGUAACCUGAGGACGAUCGAAGAGGAGAACAAGAUGAUCGAACAGCACAACGACAGCCUUCUGAAGGAGCUCGCCCGCCUUAGCCAAGCGCUCAUUAACAGCCUAACAGACAUUCAGCUGCCUCAAAUGGGACCCAUCAGUGAGCAUAAUUUUGAAGCCUACGUGAACACAUUAACUGACAUGUACAACAACUCGGAGCACGAAUACUCUCCGGAGUGCAAGGCCCUCUUGGAUAAUAUCAAACAGGCUAUUAAGGGCAUCCACGUCUAAGCUGCAGAGCGACCGAGAGGUUCCUUUGACUUGGGGAUAAUGGCACUAGAUGGCUCUAUUUUACUGAAGAGUGAUGGCUUUGGCUGCAUGUGUAAGACGAGGCUUUUUUUUUUUUUUGGAGAAAAAAAAUAAUAAUGUGUUUCCCGGUAAAUACAACUGCACUGAGAAGAAAUUAACCAGCCAGAUUUGUAACGCUUUUACCGUUUCUGCAUUCACUCGAUACGUUUAUCCUGGUGAGAUUACCCCCCCUCCCUUCUUGCACUUAAUUAUUUUGUAUGGUUUGCUUGAUUUUAAAUCUGUAUCUGUUCACGUCAUUCUUAUAUUAUCGCUAUUUAUUAUUAUUAUUAUUAUUAUUAUUAUUGUAUUUGUUCAUCAGUGUAUUUAUUUCCUUGAUUUUUUUAUUUAUUCCUUGAAUUGUAAAUGCUUAAUAAUUAAGAAAAUAUGUUUGACUUUCUGCACAUUGUAAAUUUACAUAGAAGCACAUUCCAAUUUCAUGGCCUACUUUCGCCAUCUAGUGUUGAAAAAACAUAUAUUAUUAUUAUUAUUGAACCAUAAGUUGGAUUAUUGAACCAUAAAUUGGAUCUCCCUUCAAAGUAAAAAAAAAAAAA